AUGACUUCGUUCAUUACCACCAUGUUCGUCCACUCCCCUUCCCCGUCGCAGCCAUCGUUCCACCACAGCCCGUUCCCCUCAUUUCCCUCCGAUCCGAAACCCCUCCCUCCUGUUUUCACCCUGCCUCCAUCCGCCCCCGUGCCGUGUAUACGUGCCGAUCCGCGAGAUUGCGUCUUCGGGGGGCCCGAUAGCGGUGUGCCGGUGCGCCGCGACGCCGGCUGCUGGGACGACGCAUAUUGGCACCGGGCACAUUUGGGGUACACGCCGCCCACGCUUCCCGGCGGUGUUUACUCUAGUCCACUACAAAAGGCGUUUGGCGAGGCUUUGCGCGGCAACCUGCACGCGCUGCUCACACCUCAGCCUUCCGCUCCGCCAAACCCGCCUUUAGGCCCGAUCCCACAGCCGACAGUGGUGCCCGAUAUGCAAUCUCGCAUCCCCAUGCGCGCACAUGAAAACCCCUCGCCUCGCCGGGGAAUUCUCAAGAGCUCACGCCCCCCGAAGCGACCGCACACUCAUGUUGGAAAUCAGUUCGGGAAUGCCGAGGCUAACACACUCUUCCUUGCGAGCAGCAACAACAGGGUCGGCCGCACCGGUAAUGGCGGCACUGCUGCAUUCCGCGCCAAGGAGGGCAAGCGCGGCACCAGCUCAUGGCAGCUGAAGCAGUUUGCCGAAGCGACUCUUGGCAGUGGUAGUCUGCGCAAGGCAGUGCAGCUGCCUGAGGGAGAAGAUUUGGGCGAAUGGCUGGCUGUGAACGUUGUCGAUUUCUACAACCAGAUCAACUUGAUCUACGGCGCCAUAACGGAGUUCUGCUCGCCGCAGAGCUGCCCAGAGAUGAAGGCGACCGAUGAAUUCGAGUACCUAUGGCAAGACUCUGAGAACUACAAGAAGCCGACCAAGAUGCCCGCCCCGGAGUACAUUGAGCACUUGAUGGCCUGGGUCCAGUCCAACAUCGAUAACGAGUCAAUGUUCCCCUCUCGCAUCGGCGUCGCUUUCCCCAAGCAGUUCCCCGCCUUGAUCCGUCAACUCUUCAAGCGCCUCUACCGCGUCUACGCGCACAUUUACUGCCACCACUACCCUGUCAUCAUCGCCCUUGGCCUGGAGCCGCAUCUCAACACGAGCUUCAAGCACUACGUCCUGUUCGUCGACGAGCAUCAGCUGAACCAGGGAAGCAGGGACUACUGGGGACCUUUGGGCGACCUGGUGGAGAGUAUGCUCAAGAGCGAUUGA